AUGUCUGAGGUAGUAACUGGUGUUGUGAAACUUACAUUUGGCUUUUUAGCGAACAAGAUUCGCAGUGGAAUUGUAGAACGUUUGAAAGAUGGCGACGUCACGGACGAAGAAUGUCGGCGCUUGAUCGUCCGAGAACUUGACGAUAUCAAAAGCAAAUUAGAUGGUUUGGCAAGAAGUAGCCUUUUGAGUAGCCUUUGUUUUCUACAAGAAGGAAUGAAUGGACUAUAUCAGUCCCUAAUUCAAUUGGAUUCAAAUGAGAAUACAGCAGAAUCGACCGGUCAAGCGAACUUACUUGAAGCUGCGUCAUCCAGAGACACUGGUUCUGAUUCUCCUAUUAACGAAGCUAUUGCUCUUAUAAGUACCAUCACGUCAUUGAAAGUACGUUCAAACGACCACUUCAAGUCUGCAAUAGAAUCGUUCAAACUCGCGCGUGAAAAAGCGGCCGAAGCAUUCUGUAACGAAGCGUUGUCCAUCGAAGACCGAAUUCAAGCGUCGCAGAUAAGAAUGAUGGCGAGAAUUUUAGAGAAAUUGGAACAUCCAGACGCAAGCGCUAGCGAUUGCUUGCAGUACCUUCAACAGCUUCAUGAUAUCGGAGCUAUUCAAGAAAUAUUUUCCGUUCUGAUUGAGGGAGGAAUCAAGUCGAGGUUCAAUAAAACGAAGCGACUUAACAAUGCCUCGUCAGUUCAAGUCAUGAAUCAAGUAUUGUUUGAGUUCGUCAAAAGGUUGACGAAACCGUCAUUGGUCACAAGGAUUUCUGCCUGGCCAACUAUAUUGCUCGGUGAAAAAUCUUACCAUCCCGUGCUUGGAGAAGAACGCAUUAUUGAAAAACUUAAAGGGACAGGUAUGCAAGUAAUGUCACUAGGUUCAGAUUUUAGAUUUCAUGAUGAAAACAUUUACUCUGGAUUUCGUUCUGUCGUAAACAGCAAGGGAGACAUCGUUGCAUUGACGCGGGAUAAACGUACUUUUAAAUUUUUUAAACCUUCAGGGGAAAGUCGUAUUCUAUGUGAAGCUCCUAACGAAGAGCAUGAGUCAGAAUACUUCGGCGUUACGGCGAUGGAUAUCGAUGCCGAAGAUAACCUAUAUGUCAUCACUAGAUUCCGAGGAAGCGAUGAUCAAUCAAGGAGUAUGAAGUUGUCUAUCUUUGAUGAGAAUGGAAACAAAAAACUUGAGUGUCCGUUACCAUUUCAUCAAGGCUCUUUAGCAGGAGGGUGCAUGGCAAUAAACAAGGAUGGGAAGAUUGCCAUUUUAAAUUGCGAGGGGAAAAUCCUGUAUAUUGGUAACAUAUGUAUGGAGCUGAAUUCAUUUGAAAUCGACAAAAGUUUUUCUCUCGAAGAAUUAUAUGUCAGGGGCUAUUUAUCGCAUGCGAGCAUAACGAUAAGGUUUUCAAAUUUUAAUGGAACAAAAAUAAUUGCCGCAAAUAGAUACACUGUUUAUAUCUACACAGAAGAUGGGCAAAUACAACGCAAAAUUAAGAUACCCGAAGAACAUGGAUGUAUUGAAUCGGUUGCAAUAAAUCACGUCACACAACGUAUUCUAGUUCAAACGUGUCAGCAACCAGGACGUAGUCUGCUGAGUUUCUCAGACACUGGAGAACUAAUAGACAGUUUAUGUUUGGGAUCUAGCGAGUGGAUUAGAUAUGCCGCGCUAACUUCUCACCCUAAAGGUCCAGUUGUUUUAGUUGGUUUAAGAAAAGCAGCUUUACUUCAACUGUAG